AUGGAGACAGUGAUGGAAGAUGUUGAAGAAUACACCUACAGAGAAGUGAAACUUCCUUCUCUGAUUCCAAUAGUACCUGAGCCAGAGCUUGAAAGAGAAACAGGGGAGAGAAGAAGAGGAAGGGAUAUAGUUUUAGCCAUAGAUCAUGGUCCAAACAGUAAACAUGCUUUUGAUUGGGCUCUUAUUCAUCUAUGCAGACUUGCUGAUACCCUUCACCUUGUUCAUGCUGUUUCUGAUGUGAAGAACCAAGUUGUGUAUGACUUGACCCAGGUGCUGAUGGAGAAAUUAGCUGUUGAGGCUUUUGAAGUUGCAAUGGUGAAAACAGUAGCUCGGAUUGUGGAAGGUGAGGCAGGAAAAGUAAUUUGCAAGGAAGCAGAGAGGACUAAACCUGCAGCUGUGGUUUUGGGGACCAGAGGCAGAAGCUUGUUUCAAAGCGUGCUACAAGGAAGUGUUGGUGAGUAUUGCUUUCACCACUGUAAAGCAGCACCUGUUGUCAUUGUUCCUGGAAAAGAAGCUGGUGAUGCAUCAAUCGUCUAAUGGAUUUAGGUUGUGUUCUGUAUAAAUCUGCAUUGUUUUAUAACUGUAAUGUAUGUAUCUAACUUCAUAUGUUGUUUGUUUAUUAAUUGUUUGGAAAAAAAUAUAAGAUAUGAAAAAAAAUUAUGUGUGUUCAAGAUAUGAAAUAUUAUGUUAGACGAUAUAUGGAUUGAUGAUAUUAUAGUUAGGGAUGACUCUUCUUUGUUGCUCUA